AUGAUUGCCACGGGCGCCAAGACCGGCCUGCGGGCCCCGCAGAUCGCGCACAAGAACGCCCAGAAGGCUGCCAUGGCGGGCACCUCCAGGCCGUGCGCUCCCACCCUGCAGGCCCACCAGCCAGCUGCCCGCCCGGCGCCCCGCUCCGCGCGCCUCGCGCCCUGCUCCGCCGCCGCGGCCCCCUCGGCGCCCUCGCAGUCGGCGUCCUCAGGCGGCGCGGGCCAGCGCGUCAUGAUCAUCGGCGGCGACGGCUACUGCGGCUGGGCCACCGCGCUGCACCUCUCCCAGCGCGGCUACCGCGUCUGCAUCGUCGACAACCUCGCGCGCCGCGGCUACGACCUCCAGCUUGGCAUGGACACCCUGACGCCGAUCGCGUCGAUCCACGAACGGGUGCGGACGUGGCGGGAGGUGUCGGGGAAGGACGUGGAGCUGUUCAUCGGCGACAUUUGCGACUGGGAGUUCUUCAGUGACGCGUUCCGGACGUUCAACCCGGAGGCGGUGGUGCACUUCGGGGAGCAGCGGUCGGCGCCGUACUCGAUGAUUGACCGGCAGCGCGCGGUGUACACUCAGACGAACAACGUGGUCGGGACGAUCAACGUGAUGUACGCGAUCAAGGAGAUCAACCCGGACUGCCACCUGGUGAAGCUCGGCACGAUGGGCGAGUACGGCACGCCGAACAUCGACAUCGAGGAGGGGUUCAUUACCAUUACGCACAAGGGGCGCACCGACACGCUGCCGUACCCGAAGCAGGGCGGGUCGUUCUACCACCUGAGCAAGGUGCACGACAGCCACAACAUCCACUUCGCGACCAAGGCCUGGAAGCUCGCGGCGACGGACCUGAACCAGGGCGUGGUCUACGGCGUCAAGACCGACGAGACCAUGGCGCACCCGAAGCUCAUCAACCGCUUCGACUACGACGGGAUCUUCGGCACCGCCCUGAACCGCUUCGUCAUCCAGGCCGCCGUCGGCCACCCGCUGACCGUCUACGGCAAGGGCGGUCAGACGCGCGGCUACCUGGACAUCCGCGACACGGUGCAGUGCAUCCAGAUCGCCAUCGACAACCCGGCCGCCAAGGGCGAGAUGCGCGUGAUGAACCAGUUCACGCAGCAGUUCGCCGUGAACGAGCUCGCGCAGCUCGUCACCACCGCGGGCGCCAAGCUGGGCCUCGACGUCGAGGUGAAGACGUACCCGAACCCGCGCGUGGAGGCCGAGGAGCACUACUACAACGCGAUGAACACCAACCUGAAGAACCUCGGCCUCCAGCCGCACCUGAUGGAGGACAGCAUGAUCGACUCGAUGCUCAGCUUUGCCAUCGAACACAAGGACCGCUGCCAGCUCGACCUCAUCAAGCCCGCGGUCAAGUGGACCGAGUCCGACUCCAAGGUCCGGACCAUGACGGCCGCCCGCGGCUGA